GCGUGUUCUAGCGGUAAUGAUUAUUUUCCCACCAAAAUCCCACGAGAUUUUUUCUGGAAGCUUUUUUUAUUGCAAUUCCCAAUUCUAUCUGAUUCUCUUGUAUUUCGCCGCUUAUCUUAAUCCAUUUUCCGAAGAUUUUGGAGAUAUCGACUUGGGUCUAAGACUCAUAUAUUCUUGUAUAUACUUGUCAGGAAUUUUUGCUUGAUUUAUGGACAUUGGGAAUUCCAGACUUGAGAAAUUCGGCUCUUUUAUGAUGGCGCAAAAUAAUGGUUUUGGGAAUGGAAGGCUCAUCCCACAGCUGUUUAAUUCUGUGCCAGCUCUCAAUGGAGCUGCUUCUUAUCUUGCUGAAACAACUUCAUACAUAACUAGUUGUUUCCCUGAUUUAUCAGAACAAGGCACAAGGGCAGAUGGUGUUAGAGAUGAGCAAGAAAUGACUCCUCUUUUCUCAGAACAAACUACAGAAUCGCUUUCUCCAAGUUUCCUAUAUCGAACUCAGGCAAUCAAUUCUGGACAUUCUGCUUUAACUCAUACGACCACCGAGGCUCUGCAAUCGCAUGAUGAUAUUAGAAGAAAUACAGCAGAUGUAUCAUCAGAAAACGCCGGUGCUUUAGUGCAAUCAACUUCUACAAGUACCAGUCAAUCCGGAAUUUCCCUCUUUCAAGGUUUAGUUGAGCGGGCACGGAAGACUGUUCGUGGAUCUGCAGAUGAUAUUGGGUGGCUUCAACGGGAUCCUGAUAUGCCACCGGUGGAAGAUGGAACUGAGAGAUUUAUGGAAAUUCUUGACAGCAUCAGUCAUGGUGUCCACAGGCUACCAAAGUCUUUGAUAUAUCUGUUAAUUCCAGGCCUUUUCAGUAACCAUGGACCACUCUAUUUUACCAGCACAAAAUCCUGCUUCUCAAAGAUGGGUCUAGCAUGUCAUAUUGCCAAGAUUCAUAGUGAGGCUUCAGUGGAAGAAAAUGCCAGAGUACUAAAAGAUUACAUUGAGGAGAUAUACUGGGGCUCUCAGAAACGUGUCAUGCUGCUUGGUCAUAGCAAAGGAGGAAUAGAUGCAGCAGCUGCUUUGUCCAUGUAUUGGCCUGAACUGAAGGACAAGGUUGCUGGCUUGGUAUUAGCUCAGAGUCCAUAUGGUGGUAGUCCAAUAGCUUCAGAUAUUCUGCGGCCUGGACAACUUGGUGAUUAUGUCAAUGCACGUAAACUCAUGGAAUUUCUGAUCUGUAAAGUAAUUAAAGGCGAUCUUCAAGCUUUGGAGGACUUGACAUAUGAGAGAAGAAGGGAAUUCUUGAAGAAAUAUCCCUUGCCAAAAGAGCUGCCUGUUGUAUCAUGUCACACGGAAGCUAAUAUGUCUCCUGCUGUACUUGCAACAUUAUCUCGUGUGGCACAUGCAGAGCUAGGUCAGGCUGCCAAACUUCCUGUGAUGUUACCAGUUGGUGCUGCAAUGGCUGCUUGUGCCCAACUUCUUCAGGUCAGGUACGGGGAGAAGAGUGAUGGCCUUGUGACUUGUCGUGAUGCUGAAGUCCCGGGGUCAAUGGUAGUUCGUCCGAAAAGAAAGUUGGAUCAUGCGUGGAUGGUGUAUUCAUCAUCAAAUGAUGAUCCAUCUGAAGCAAAUGCUUCACAGGUGUGUGAGGCUCUUUUACAGCUACUCAUGGAAGUAGGGGAAAGGAAAAAACAAGAACUUGGUUCUGAAGAUUAUUAACGACAGGAUUGUCCUUAUUUGGUGGAAGUAUAGGAUGCAAUUGACACACUGUUUUAUUCUAACGAAGUGUGGUCUCAGGGCAGCUUAUCCUAAUGAAUAUGUAGAAGAAGCUUUGCUUCCCUUGGGAUCAGUAAAAACUUGAACAAAGGCGUAAGAUGCUUCUCUGGUGUUGUAGAUGGUUGUUUUGGUAAUUUGUCUUGUAAUUUUAAACACUCCAGUGGGUUUUGUAGAUGAUAAACAUGAUAUACACUAAGAAAAAUUGCGCAUCUAAGGUUCAAGAACCAGAAUAGUGACCACAUGGUGAUAUGUGGAUCCUCCUCUCAUAGCUAAAAUGGGAACUUAUCUGUAGAGUGAUACGCAAAUUAGACGGUAGACACGCAAUUGGUAGAUGGUGGACUAGUGUCUAAUUAGAAUGGUACACACGGGCCAAAACGUAGCUCAUAAAAUAAAACGCAUGAAAUUAAUGUAUAUCAGUGGUUUUCCAAUGAGCAUGUGAAACUAAUUUACAUGAAAUGAACAUCAAUUUUAACGA